AGCUGGCAGUCACAGUUGUGCCCUGGAUUGUAACAGAGAGAGAGAGAGAGCAGCCCUCCUGCAGCCUGUUAGCCCACCACCAUGGAUGUCAAACUGCUGGCACUGAUGGCUCUGCUGGCCGUGGCCACACAUGUACCAACCUCCAACGCAAAGCCCAUCAGUCUGGUAGAGCGGUGCUAUUGUCGUUCUACCCUCAACACGGUUCCUCAGCGCUCCAUCAAAGAGCUCAAGUUCCUCCACACACCCAACUGCCCCUUCCAAGUCAUUGCCAAGCUAAAGAACAACAGGGAGGUUUGCAUCAACCCGGAGACCAAGUGGCUGCAGCAGUACUUAAAGAACGCCAUUAACAAGGUGAAGAAAUCUAGAAGACGCAAUAACAAGAAAAUCUAAACAAAAAGGGAAGACAUGUAUGUUGUCAAGCCUGGCAUCCUCGGCACGGGUCGAACCUGUAUACCUCCCUGUCACUGCUAUGGAUGUAUGUAAACAAGCUGUAUGUACCUGUCAACCAGUCUGGACCGCUUGCAGAACCAGCACUUCACCGCCAAACCGUGCCGUCCCCAGCACCGCCACCAAACCCUCUGUACACCCACGCAGUCACCUCCAACUCUCCACGUUAGCACCAGGUGCAACUAUACCUUGAAAUGGUGGAACACAUGCUAAUGUCAGAUACAUGUGUGUGAGUUAUGGGCAUGUGUGUGUGUGUGUGUGUGUGUGUGUGUGUGUGUGUGUGUGUGUGUGUGUGUGUGUGUGUGUGUGUGUGUGUGUGUGUUUGUGUGUGUGUGUGUGUGUGUGUGUGUGUGUGUGUGUGUGUGUGCGCGUGCACGCGUGCGUGUGUGUGUGCGUGCGUGCGUGUGUGUGUGUGUGUGUGUGUGUGUGCUAACGCUGUGUGCCUAUAGUCUUUCCUACUUCACACAGUCUGAGAGGAACAAUUUGAGCUUUCUGUCUCAUACAAGGCUUUGUGCCACCUUCAUGUCAUGUCAAUGUCAAAAAUAUUCACAUAAUUCGCCUGUAAGGAAAUUAGGAUUGGGAUUAUGUUGGCUGGUCAUGUCUUAUAUUAAUUGUGGUUUUGCAAACUAAAGAGGUGUGAACCAAGUCAUUUAUUAUCACAGUAAUAUCUCCAUGUAUACUAUUUUUAAAAGGAGUGACUACUCUUAUUUCCAUGUACUACUACUAAAAUGUAUUUGGGAUGGAGAUGUUACGGACUUAAAUGUAAACAUUUUGCUCUGGUAAGGAGUUAAAAGAGGCAUUACUCCAUGACUGAGGGGUCAUGGGGCAGUAACAGAGGCUGGCCAAUGGUGUUAACCCUUCACAAGCAGUGACCAAUCAGGGCAGGCCAUGCUACAGCAGUAUCUUGAAUUGAACUUUAAAUUGCUCCACCAGCAGGAACAAACAGAUGGAAGCUCACACACACUGCUAAGAAACCAGCACUGAUUUUUGUGGUGCUACAUAUUUAGUAUAAGUGGUCAGAGCCAUUGACAUAAUUAUACUUCACUGUUUAUGUUAUGCAAGAUUUAAGAAGGGAUGUUGUGACCUCUAUGUCUUAUAUGAAACACAAUUAUGUUUUUUUUACCAGUCACAAAAUAUUUAAAGCGCUGUUGUUAAUCUGAUAUGAAAAAUGAAAAUAGAAAGCUGAUGUUAUACUAAGGCCUUGAUAUAUACAGUACUAUAAAGAAAUGAAACACUUACCGUAUCAAUGCACAGUUUUUGUUGAUUUAAGAUAUCAGUAUACAGAGUCCAGACCAAAUAUUAAAACAGUAAAAAAUAUGCUACAUGAAGAAACCUUGAACCUCAAAAAGCAUGACUUUCGAUUUCAUUCAUUUUUAGAAAAACGUAGAUCAUCAUAAUUUUUUUAUCUCUUACGCCUUAUCAAAGGAUGCUAUAGGUAAAUGUAUAUCAAGAAAACCUAGAGUAUUUCAUGCCAACACCUGUCCUUGGUAAGAAUGAAAAGCUAAUAAAUUGUCACAUAAAAUAGCCGAACGAUAAAUAUCACAAAGCGAAUGUUCACGGUGGCAAAAAUAAAAAAAUUGAUUAUCCUUUUUUAUAUAUAUUUGAGCCACUUUAUUAUCAGAUGUGUCUUUUAAAUGUUAUUGUUUUAUUUUUAUAUUGUGUAUAAUCUUACUAAAUGCUUUUUUUAAUGCAAUGUACAGUAGGCAGUAGCUACUAAAUGAGGGCUAGGCCUAUAGUCCUUAAAAUGCAAGAGACAGUAUUAAGCUUCAUUUUUAAGGUUUCAUGCAAUAUUUCACAGAUAUGUAAUGGUAUGCAACACUUAGAUACCAUUUUUCGAUUUUUUUUUUUUUUUUUUUUUUAAUAUGGCUGAAAAAAUUAAGCCAAACAAAUUAAAUAUUGUCCUCCUGGUUUGUUGUUUUCUCCUCACUGUUUCCUUAUCCACCCAUCUGAAAUGUAACAACGGUGAACUGUAUGAAAUCUGUUAAGUUCAACACACAGUGAUUGAAAACAAAAGUUGCUGUCAUUGGGUUACAUGACAUGAGUCAGAAAACUAUUCAGCCCACCAGUCGUCCCCGUUGAACACUUGAUUCAAUUUUUAAUAGUUUUACUGAGGUUGCUGUAUUAUGUGUCAAUAGAGCCGCAGAGCCAAAACAGAACAAUACCUUUAAGUUGAGAUCCAAGCGACCAACAUGUGCUUUCAAUCUGGACACUCCCAGCACCCCACGGGCUUUUCUUUUCACUUUCACUCAACUGCUGCCAUGCAACACUUUCUUUUUUUCCCUAAAAUUGAAAUGCACAUUGUGUUUGGUUGUGGUAAUUUCUUUGGUCUAUGUUUAGUUUUGUUUUACACAGUCUAUUUGCUGAGUGCCUGAUCGCAGUCGAUACGAUAUCAAUUUGGAGCUAAUGGUGCAAUAAUCCUGUAAGUGUAAUUCACUUCCCAUUAAUCUAAUAGAAGUUAAUGGACAUUCAUUUUAUAUGAUUAUACUCAUUUGUUUGAACACAUUGCUAAAUAUAAAAUGUUUCUGUUUUCAAAUGCAUUGACAUACAACGACAAAAGUCUCCUUUCAUUCAUUACAACACCGCCAUCCAUUCCCAAAUUACUUUAUUAACUAUAGAGUUAAAUCAAAGAAGAUUGUGUUACUUCUGUAAAAUUCUACCUUUCCUAUGUAUAAACAUGAUAAUUAUCUCAAUAACACGAAAAAGAUUUUGCAUUAAGUACACGUGGAAAAACUUUAUUAACCGCACUGUUUCAUGACUGAUUCAGUUAAUGCGAUACAUGUGUAAUAACAGGUAAUUAGUUUUAUUAAUCAGACUUUAAGUGCUUUUAUGUUUAGUACUGUGGCCCCUGUGGAAACAUUUAACCCUUGCAGUGUUACUGCCACUGUCACUGCAGAGAAUAUUUAGUGUAAUUAAAGUGUGUCAGACAAACACAUAGACUCCUUCAUCUUUGUGCAAAUAGAGCUUUUACAGAAAUAUUGUAUGGGUAUUAUUUGGAACAAAUACACAUUCAGGUUCACAUGUAUCUCCACUAAUGUGUUUAUAAUCAAAGUAUGUUGUACUUUGGACCCCAAGACAAUGUGAAACAUUUCUUUUGAGGCAGCUUCUGACACAUAUCCUUCAUACACGUAAAAUCGAUUAGAGUAUUAUUCUCUGUAUUGUCACUGUUUUUAAACCAAGAGGCAGUAUUUUAAGUAUGAUACACAAUCCCUUUUUCAAUAAAGUCAUAUGAAAUAAAACCA